AAAAUUGUAUUCCAAAUACCAAAAUGCAUCAAACUCAAUAAAAACAGCGUAAAUUGCGUUGGAAGUAAGAGGAACAAUAAUGCUCCACUGGUAGACAAAUUAAUUGAAAUUCACGGUAAAGAGCUAGCAGAUGCUGAAUCAGAUGCUGAAUCCUGUAUUAAAUCUCUUAAGUUCGAUAAUUUGUCUGCCGAGGAAUUCGACAACGUUUGGAAAGGGUGCUCCAAUGCCAGACUUCAGUUAGUUAAACAAGCUAAUUCAGUAGAAGAAAUUUUAAAGGAGUGGCCAUUUUACGCCAAACCAUCUGGCUAUAGAUUUAUGCUCUUCGAUUUCGAUGUUGCUUUUAAACAUGAAGAUUUAAUCGAUAAGUGGAACAUUAACUUUAAAGUUAUUCAUCAAUUUCUUUCAACUAAUGUGAAAGACAAACAGGUCAAGGAAUCUUCG